AUGGUGGCGCCUAAGAGGCAGAAGGUCAAACAAGAAGUUACUUCUUCGACCAAAGAAGAAACAUCUACAAGCAAUAAAGGAGGAUUCGAUUUCUUAGAAAUUUAUAACAAAUAUGAAUCUGCCAAUUCUAAAGAUUUUGUUAAAUCUGAACCAACAAAAAAGGCGGAAAUAGUCAAGUCCUCUAGUUUCAUGAUGGAAGCGCAAACAGAAGGAUUCCUGAGAAAAGAAUAUGUACUUCCAUCCACAAACAAAACGAUAAUUGAUAGCCUCCAGUUUGAUGUUAUGGCAAGCUCAGAUAUCUCCAGAGCUUCAGAAAUAGAAAUCGAACAUAAACAACUAUACUUGAUUAAUUCAAGAAAACCUUGCCUUUAUGGACCUCUGGACUCAAGAUUAGGUUGUUUUCUAAUGGUUAUAACAGGAUGUAACAAUAAAGAUGCGAUAUGUGAAACAUGCGGGAAAGGAUAUAACGAAUGUGUUGGACAUUGGGGACAUAUAAAACUAGCAUUGCCUGUGUUUCAUAUAGGGUUCUUCAAGUACACAAUACAGAUACUGUACUGCAUAUGUAAGAAGUGCUCGUCACUUUUACUCUCAGAGGAGUCAAUCAAGAAGUUUUACGAAUUACAUAAAAAGGCUCAAGAUGACCCGGUCCUAAAGCCACUGAUAUUUAAGAAUAUAGUUCAAGAUUGUAAGAAAAUCUCAAAGUGCCCAAGGUGCCAAUCGCCACAAGGAGUAAUUAAAAAAAUAGUAAAGCCAAUAAUCGAUCAGUUCAUGAAGCUGAAACAUAUUGUAAAAUAUAAAGAGUCUGGGAAAAUGAAGACAGUGGAGGAGGAAUUAAACCCACUGGUUGUGAAGCACUUAUUUGAGAACAUUGACCCAGUACACUCAAAGGUCCUUAAUAUAGUUCACCCGGAAAAACUAAUUAUUUCAAAUCUACCAGCUCCACCGAACUGUAUAAGGCCAUCAGUAUCUGUAGGUGAGGAGGGUACCACUGAAGAUGACCUAACGUGUAUAUUUUCGGAUAUCGUAGAGAGUAAUAAUCAACUGAAAUCAUAUAUAAAGAACGGAGCGCAGACGAAUUCAUUCAUCGUGCACUGGCAGAUUAUACAGUACCAGUGUACUCGAUUCAUUAACUCUGAUUCACCAGCACUAGCACAACUGUUGUUAUCAAGAAGAGUAUCUAAACCGGGAAGAGGAAUAUUCCAAAGACUAAAAGGAAAGGAAGGAAGGUUUAGAGGAAACUUGUCGGGGAAAAGAGUAGAUUUCUCAGCAAGAACAGUAAUAUCUCCAGAUCCAAAUGUAGGAAUAGAUGAAGUAGUAGUACCGGAGUGGAUUGCAAGAAGACUAACAUUCCCAGAAAGAGUAACCAAGUAUAACAUACAUGUUCUGAAAAAAGCAAUACUGAAUGGAGUGUCGGUGUGGCCAGGAGCAUCAUACGUAAACAAAUUAGAUGGCAGCAAGUGUAGCCUAAGAUUUGCAAAUCCGAAACAUAUGUCUGAAAAUUUACAAGUGGGAGAUAUAGUAGAAAGGCAUCUAUGGAACGGAGAUAUUGUAAUUUUCAAUAGGCAGCCCUCGUUGCAUAGGCUAAGCAUAAUGUGCCAUCGAGCAAGAGUAAUGAGUGGAUCAACAUUUAGAUUUAAUGAGUGUGUUUGUUUACCAUACAACGCAGAUUUUGAUGGAGAUGAAAUGAACCUUCACCUCCCACAAACAUACGAAGCAAGAGCAGAAGCACUACACCUACUGAGUGUUCUGAAAAACUUGACGACACCAAGAAACGGAGAACCACUUAUAGCACCAGUCCAGGAUUUUCUGUGUGCUUCAUACCUACUAACAAGCAAGGACAUGUUUCUUAACCGUUCAGAGUUCUCCCAGGUUAUUUCUUACUUUACAGACGGAACGAUACAAGUAGAUUUGCCGCCACCAUCAAUAAUACACCCAGUAACACUAUGGACAGGAAAACAAGUGUUUAGCGUUUUGAUUAAACCAAACAACAAAUCGAAAGUGAUGGUAAACAUAAGAGUAAGAGAGAGAGAAUAUACAGAUCCUAACCAAUACUAUAAGAAUUUAAACAAGGAUAAUUUAGAAGGUGGUAAAGUUGAAAACACAAAAUCACAAACAUCUUCAAAUGAUGUAAAACCAGUAAGUUUUAUGAAACUGGACGAUUGUAUGUGUCCAAGCGAUGGAUACGUUGUAAUAUAUAAGUCGGAGUUGAUGUGCGGAAGCCUUGGAGUUAGAUCGUUAGGAGCAAGUAAAGGAGGCUUGUUUUAUGAACUAAUGCUCAAAAAUAGCCCUAAGAUAUCCUCAGAAUGCAUGCUGAGAGUGAGCAAGCUAUCGAGCAGAUGGUUGUCAGAAUUUGGAAUGACAAUAGGACUAGACGAUGUCACGCCGAGCAAAGAAUUGAUAGAUAAGAAGAAACAAUUGUUGCUAGAUGGAUACUCAAGAGUGGAUGAAGCAAUUAGUAAUUUCCAGUUCCUACAACCAUACCCAGGUUGUACAAGAGAACAAACACUAGAGUUACAAGUGAAAUCAAUUCUGGAUGAAUUGCGUAAUGAAUCUGGCAAAAUAUGCACAUCUCUACUAAACCCAGAUAAUAAGCCAUUGAUCAUGUUUAACUCAGGAGCCAAGGGUGCACUGAUAAAUAUUGCGCAAAUGGUAGCAUGCGUAGGACAGCAAAAUGUGUCGGGACAAAGGAUCCAAAACGGCUUCAUAGGAAGAACAUUACCUCACUUCACAAUGGGAUGUAAGGAUGCAAAGAGCAGAGGCUUCGUAGCAAACUCAUUCUUUACAGGGCUUGAACCAGAAGAGUUCUUUUUCCAUACAAUGUCGGGAAGAGAAGGGUUGAUAGAUACAGCAGUCAAGACCUCAGAAACAGGAUAUAUGCAACGCAGACUAAUGAAGGUUAUGGAGGAUUUGUCAGUGUGUUAUGACUACAGUGUGAGGACUAGUGAUGGUCAGAUAGUCCAAUUUUUGUAUGGUGAUGACGGUUUGUCCUCAUUAUCAAAGUCGUGUUUCACUAACUUGAAGAGUUCACUGGACCAUAUAAAACAUAUUAACCCGAUUAAUAAGCAACUAAUAUUUACAUCAUCGCACAUAGACCCAACACACCUUGAUAACCAGGAACAAGGACCAUCAAAGAGGAGAAAUAAGUUGAAAAGGAGUGGAACAAACACGAAUAAGGAGCGAAAGUGUACACAGGAUAGUAAAUGGAUACUUCCUCCAAAAAACGUAGAGGAAUUACUUGAGAAAGUAGAUUCGCUACUAAUGGAUAAAGAAUUCGUCAGUAAAUUGCCUCCACAAAUUAAGAAUAAGGUGGCUUCAUACAUCCACUGGAUAAAACCUACGGAAACAGAUUGUGAGGCGUGCCCUGAAAAGGAUCGCAGAAAAUUUUUGGAAAGGUUAGACUCGAGGCAAUUCAGCAGAGCUAAAUCGGUUGACGAUAACAUUAUAAAUACAUUUAAAAACCACAUCGUUGCGUAUUUCUCAGUAUAUGUUGAAAACAGCUACUCCAGGAGGAAUGUUCCGUUGUUUCCUUGUGAAAUUGAGGCAUGGACAAAGUUCCUCCAACCAUUACUAGUAGAACUACUGCCUCCAACGAUAUACAACCAUUCAUGUGUUUCACAGGUUAGUGAUUAUCCAUAUAGUUAUGGUAUUGGAAGUGUAUAUGAGUUUGGGAAUACAAUUGAGAGGGUGCUUAUGGAACACUCUGAAAAGAUAGCGUUGGUGCUUGAUAAAAAAUAUGAACAGGUUUUCGAGUCAAUAAACACAGAGUCCCAAACUGUAAUUGAGAGAUUCAAGCUGGUUAACACAGUGAACAGAAUUUCACUGGAACAGAUGUUCGAGUUCAUCAGGUAUAGCUGGAAAGAUUACCAGAAGAGUUUAUGUGAGCCAGGAGAAGCUAUUGGAGCAUUGGGAUCCCAAUCUAUAGGUGAACCAGCAACCCAGAUGACCUUAAAAACAUUCCAUUUCGCAGGGGUAGCCUCAAUGAAUGUAACACUGGGUGUCCCCAGAAUUCAAGAAAUCAUCAAUGCGACAUCACUAAUUGCAACACCAAUUAUAGAAGUCCCAUUGGAAGAUAAAACGAGCUACGAAUUUGCUUUAAAGGUUAAAUCAAAAAUUGAAAAGACAACACUGGGUCAAAUAUGCCUAAACAUCAAACAGCUUUACACACCACAAAAUAGCAAGUUGUUGUUCACUCUGAACAGAAAUUUAAUAGAACAACUGCACCUUGAAAUUAAUUCAAAUAAGUUUUUAAUCAUACCAGAUUUUUAUACACACCAUAUUUAUACAUAUUUGGAUAUCAUAAUUGAAACUGGUUCCUUUGGGAAAGUUAAAAUACCAAAAAACAGUGUGUACUCGAUAGGAGACUGGCAGAUUUGCAUAGAACUUCCGUCCAAUCAGCAGCAUUUCUUCCAGCAAAACGCACUCAUCUCUGGUUUAACCCAACUUGUGGUUGCAGGCUACAAAAGCAUAAAAAGGGCAGUAAUAAAGAGAGAAAGUACACCUCAAGGACCAAAUUACCAAAUUGCAGUUGAAGGAUACGGACUUCAAGAGGUAAUGGGAUCAUACGGUGUGAUGUCAUCUGCAGUUAAGAGUAAUCACGUAUCUGAAGUUGCCAAGGUUCUUGGAAUAGAGGCUGCACGUAGUGUCAUAAUUAGCGAGAUUCAAAAGUGUAUGGACGCAUAUUCAAUAGAUAUCGACUGCCGCUACAUGAAGCUUCUGGGAGAUGUAAUGACGUUUAGGGGAGAAGUUGUUGGAAUAAAUAGGUUCGGUAUACAGAAGAUGAGAUCAUCAGCACUUAUGUUAGCAUCAUUUGAGGAAACCAAUGACCACCUGCUAGAGGCUGCGCUCCACCAUAGAAGGGACCCAAUCAAGGGUGUUUCUGAGUGUAUAAUAAUGGGAAAGCCCAUUUCUCUGGGAACUGGUUCCUUCGAUAUUUUAAUGUCAAAUUAG